UGCUGUUGCUUUUGUUGGAUUAUGUAUCUCUUACUUCUUUAACCAUUAUCACUGAGGGAUAUGUCUACAGGACAGAGCAAAUCCGUUUGAAAAAAAAAAAGAAAAGUCCAUCAAAUGUGUAAAGACGGGACACGUUUUGGAGAUGCAUUAAAAAGAUGUGACAAUGAUGUUAACAACAUGCCCGGUUGGUUCCAUAAACUCUUGAUGAAGGCAGUGUCCUCCCAGCAGAGCGUGCCACCACAACAUGAAGUGUGUGAAAUGACAAAAAAUACAACAACCUCUAUCAGCAGUGUAUCAGCAGCAUCUUCAUUUAUAUCCUCCUCCUCCUCAUCAUUGCAUCUGCUGAAGACUCCCACAACGUCGAGUAAACCACCAGAGCCACAGUCUGCCCUAACGUCACCGGUGAGAUGGACCCGAAAAUAUGACGUGUGCGUGUGCCAUAGCUCUGUGGACAGUGACAUUGAGAAGGCUGCACACCUGGUCUCUUUCUUGGAGGCUUCACCCAACAGCCUUAGAUGCUUUUUAUGGCAGCGGGACGCCAGUCCAGGAGGUGCCAUUCCCUCAGAAUUGUGCCAGGCUGUGCAGAACAGCCACUUUAGGGUUCUGCUCAUCACACCUGACUUCCUGCAGGAUGGGUGGUGCAGGUACAUGAUACACCAGGCUCUAGCCGAGAGGCCUAUGUCACAUCAGAUGAUCCCCCUGGUCCAGAACCUGUCCCACACUCAGUAUCCCAUGGAACUCAAGUUCUUCCACUACAUUGACCUGAACAAGAACCCAGAAGCCUAUACACUGGUUGGCAAAACUGUCCUGAACUACCUGGAAAACAUUGCAAAAAAUGAGAAGACACUUGAUUGCAACAUAGACAGCUCUAGCAACAGAUUCAGUGAAGCAGACAGUUCACAAGAAAAUAAACAGAAGUUGACAUGUGACCCCUCUGGGACUUCAGUUUCACUUGGGAUGAUAGAGACGACAAAUGAAGGACUCACGGAUGUUUGUUGGGAUCAACAUGAGCAGUAGUAAAAAAAAAAAUAUAUGGCGCCAGCCUCUUAAUGGAAAAACACUGCAACUUUUAACUGAACUGACGUGACCACAAACUGAAUAUUCUUGCUUGUGGCACUACAUGCAGAAAUGGCUGUGUGGCAGGGGUUUUAUUCACUGAGCAGGAAACAUGGGGCUCUAGGCAGCACUGGGGCUUAUUUCCUGUAUCAAUCUAGGGAACUAUGGCUGACCUAGAUACACAGCAUUGUAACAUCAUCUCCAUUCAUGGUUUUAUAAUGUGGAUUGAAAAUUAAUGUGUGUUUAUGUCCUAGGCUUGUAACAAUGCAGAAUCCAAGUUUAAAAUCAGUAAAACCAUGACAAAAUAAAUUAUAAAUGUCCGUUCUUUCUUUUAACUGAAUGAGAGAUCGUACUACAGUAGCAUGAGAGAUACUGCAAAUCAGAUGAGUACCACUAGGUGGUGCAUGUUUCCUAUACUAUCUGCUUGGUAGUGCCAGUGAGCAGUUGCUCAUGGAAAGCUUGGCCAGUCAGGCAUCAGCACCCAGUGAAUAUUCACACUUUUGCCUUUUUGCCAGUUAAAGCCCAACCUCCCAUGUCUGUUUCCAAGGGUCUCUCAUGUUGCGACAUCUUACCUGCCCUUUUCCGUCCUGUUUUCUUUCACUGUAUGACCCACUAGAAAACUAAUAAAAUGUUUGAGGUA